AUGGACCACGAAUCUCUUCGAGAGAAAUUCGGCCGUUUCCGCGUUCUAAUCAUAGGGCGAGCGAAUGCCGGAAAGACAACCAUUCUGAAGAAAGUGUGCGAUACGACCGAUAACCCGGAGAUCUUUGACGGGAGAGGGAACAAGAUUGACAGCGCAUCAGUGGCAGGAUCCAUAAGUCGCGGAGAGCACAAUAUUCAGCAUGAGAUGGUUUUCAGCAGUAACCCUGGGUUUAUCUUCCAUGACUCACGCGGAUUUGAAGCCGGACGCGAAGACGAAUUCGAGGAAGUGAAAAGCUUUGUUGCUGAGCAUGCAUCUACAACAAAGUUGAAGGAGCGGAUCCAUGUCAUCUGGUAA